GUGUGAAACGCUGGCUGUGCAACUUCAGAAUGGCCAAGGAAAACAAUGGCAAUUCCCGCCAGCUACUUGAGUAAGCGAAACUCGUAUUUCUAACUUGUGUAGGAAAGAGGAAGCCCGGAACGUGGUUUUUACAAGGCGACAUUACGUUUGGUCGCAGAGGCAGUCCUGUUUUCGAAAGGACGUCCGGUGUGACCGUGUUGCUAGUAAGGGAACAGAAACCGGGCGUUGUAGUUUUGCCACAGAGCGGGCGCUCCACUUUCUUCAGCAGACGGGGCGGGGGCUCACAUGAGAGGCCCGGGACUGAGGCGAAACGAAGCCGAGCAUGGAAAGGCCGUGGAGCACCGUCAGGCUCUCCCGCCGGCUGUGGGGUCUACUCCUGUGUCACGCCCUGCUGCAACAGGACUUCUUCGCCAGAGCGGCGCCGGCCUGUGCAAGCCCCAAGGUUUCCCCGAGUGUGGCAGGGCAGUUUUGGCAUAUCUCUGAUUUACACUUGGACCCCACCUACCACAUCACAGGCAACCACACUCAAGUGUGUGCCUCAUCCAAAGGAGUAAAUGCAUCCAACCCUGGUCUAUUUGGAGAUUUUAUGUGUGAUUCUCCAUACCGCCUUAUUUUAUCAGCUUUGCAGUACAUGAGGGAUUCUGGUCAGCAAGUAUCCUUCAUGAUAUGGACAGGAGACAGUCCUCCGCAUGUUCCAGUGAAAGAACUCUCCACAAAACUCGUCAUUGAUAUCAUUGGCAACUUGACUGCUACCAUAAGAAGUUUCUUUCCAGAUCUCCAAGUUUUCCCUGCAUUGGGAAAUCAUGACUACUGGCCACAGGAUCAGAUGCCAGUGUCUACCAGUGAAGUUUACAAUGCUGUAGCAGAUUUUUGGAAACCUUGGCUUACUGGUGAAGCUGUUAGCACUUUUAGAAAAGGUGGCUUUUAUACACAGGUAUUUCAGCCCAACACAACUAUUCAGCCUCUUAGAAUAGUCAGUUUAAAUACAGUCCUAUAUUACACUCCCAACAUUGUGACUCACAACAUGACUGAUCCAGCAAACCAGUUUGAAUGGCUGGAGAGUGUACUAGAAUCAGCAAAGCAGAACAAGGAAAAGGUUUAUAUAAUAGGACAUAUUCCAGUAGGCUAUCUGGCUCAUGUUCGAAAUAUUACUGCCAUAAGAGAACACUACAAUGAGCGGUUGAUAGACAUUUUUCGGAGGCACAACAGUGUAAUUGCUGGACAGUUCUAUGGACAUACCCACAGAGACAGCAUCAUGGUUCUUCUGGAUAAAAAUGGAAAACCUGUAAAUUCCUUGUUUGUGGUGCCUGCUGUGACACCAGUGAAGGCUAGAUUGGAGGCAGACUCAAACAACCCAGCAGUAAGACUGUAUCAGUAUGAUACUCUUUCAUAUAGCCUCUUGGAUCUUUGGCAGUUUUACUUGAACCUCACAGAAGCCAACUUGAAAAAUGAAUCAGUCUGGAAGCUUGAAUAUGUUAUGUCCAAAGCCUAUGGGAUAGAAGACUUAAAGCCAGAAAGUUUAUAUGAAAUGGCAAAUCAGCUGAGCAUGCCACAGAGCAAAUUAUUCCAGAAAUACUACAAUUACUAUUUUGUGAGUUAUGAUCCAAGCUUGUGUUGUGAAGAGCAGUGCAGAAUCAAUCAAAUAUGUGCAAUUCAACAUCUAGACCGUUCCUCCUACACAGAUUGUAUUGAACAUGAAGGCAAAUUACAGUAUGGGUAACAGAUAGUGUUUACUCUAAAGAACUGUAUCUUCUAAGGCCCCAUUCAGGCAGGAUCAUUUCAGCUUCAUAAACAGUUAUUUAUUAGGCUAAGAACAAGUUUCGUGAUGGCAUCCUUUCUCUUGUCUCUGCUCUUUAGGGCGAGCUUUCGUUUAAACCAGGGGUCUCCAAACUUUUCACAUGGAGGGCACGUAAUAUAUUUUUGAUAUUUUUGAAGGCUGAAGGAAUGUGCGCAUAUGCAUGCAAGUGCACACAUGCACUCCCACCCACUCACACAACACACUCCCACCAGCCCAUGGACACGCACGCACACACAGACAUUCCCACCUCUCCACACACACACAUUCCUGCACGCACACACUCCUGUACGCACACGUACAAACGCAUGCCCACUCCUCCACACAUGCACUCCCACCCCCACACGCAUAUGUGCUUGCCCACAUGCACACAUUCACGCCCGCCCACAUGCAUAGAUGGGCUGGAUAAAAAGGUUUAAACCAUGGUUUUCCAUUAUAUUCAAUCCUAGUUUCUUAUCCCAGUUAGUGUUACAAGAUGACACCAGUUUUCUAGACUGGAUGUAAUGACAAAGUGUGAUUUCAACAGAAGCAUUUCACUAGCUUGAGUGUGUGCAUGAGAGCAGGAAGGUGCAGACCCCACAUUAGUUCUUGGUAACAAAUUAUGAUUGAUUAACCCAGGGAAAUCCAAUGUGGAAAAUACCUAAAUAUAAAAACCAAAUCAUAAUUCAUUCAUUAUUUAUGUUGUGAUGUCAGUUUAGAGGGCUAUAACAUAACAAUAGAAAAUGUUGUAGGAAGGAACAUGUAUAUGUAGAUUUCUUUAGUGUAGUUGUAGAAUGAAAAUAAAACCUUUGUGGUUCCUGCCUGUAAGUACUUGUGUAGGGGGAAAUCCUUCUGUAACAUACUUUUACACACACAAGAAACUCUCUCAUUCAGAUGAGGAAAACGUGUGACUUACCUCUGAGAGAUUCCUGGUCUGCUAGAUAUAUAUGGUAUAUCUAAUAUAUAUCUGAAGUUCACAAAUCCAUCAAGAAAUAUUUGCUAAGUGUAUUAUUCACUUAAGCAUGGUACUUCUAUGGAGGCAUGGGUACAAUUCAAAACACUUGUACUAGCUCUUAUCUGCAAAACUGCAGGAGUUUUGAGAAGACUAUGGAAAGCCAAAAAUAGUGAGAAUUUUAAAUAGUGUAUGUUUACAUGCAAUCAUAGCUUUGUUUUUCUUUAAGAAGUUGUAAUUUUGUCCAAGGAUGCCUGUGUAUACAUGUGGCAACAAAAUACUGUAACUGAUUUUUCUAAUAAAGCUAUGUCUGUCUUCCUUAUCUAA